AAAUAAACUAAUCAGAUUAAAAAAAAAAAAAAAAAAACACCGCGUUAGCUUCUAGGAGUCACAAAUUCUAAUUUACAAGGAACAAGCAGAGGGCCGCUGGACAGCGGCGAGGCCUUUCUUCAUUCUGUCGACAGACUUUCAGUGAGUUGCAUGAUAGUGUAAAGUUUAUGAAGUCCAAGUCUUCUUGUCUUUGAAGAUUAGAGAGAAUAAAUAAGAGAUUUAGGUUAAACAAGUCAGAGAUGUUCUCACUUUUUUAUGGACUUUGGAAGUAUAUGUUUAGUAAGACAGAGUUUCAUGUACUCAUUCUUGGAAUCGACAAGGCUGGGAAAACGACUUUGUUGGAGAAGUUGAAAUCUCUAUACUCAAAUGUGGAAGGGCUUCCACCCGAUCGAAUUGUUCCAACCGUGGGACUCAAUAUUGGACGUAUUGAAGUGUCAAAUUCAAAGCUUGUGUUCUGGGAUUUGGGUGGUCAGAAUUUAUUCUUCCUCUGUAGAGGCAAGUUGCUUAUGUUGGCCUUCUGUGAUGGACUAGAUGAGCCUGGUCUUCGUUCGAUUUGGGAGAAAUAUUAUGAAGAGGCACAUGCUGUGGUAUAUGUAAUCGAUGCUGCUUGUGCAUCACGAUUUGAAGACUCAAAAUCUGCACUAGAAAAAGUUCUUCGGCAUGAAGACCUGCAAGGAGCACCCCUUUUGAUAUUAGCAAACAAGCAGGAUCUUCCUGAUGCUGUGUCAGCAGAAGAACUUGCUCGAUAUCUAGAUCUCAAGAAGUUAGAUGAAAGGGUUUACAUGGUUGAAGCUGUGUCAGGUUAUGACGGCAAGGGAAUCAAAGAAAGUGUUGAUUGGCUGGUAGAUGUAAUGGAAAGAAGCAAGAGAACUGAAAUGUUGAGAGCUCGUGCUCGUGCUGCCCCUGUUUCUGCUUAGAAGAAACUCCAUACAAUCACACCUAUUCUCCUAUGAUUUUUGUAGCUUUGUAAAUAAAUCAGGGUUGACAUUGAAAAUUCUUAACGUUUAAAAGUUGAUUCCACCCAUUGGUGCUUUUUGAUUGUUUUCAACUGGUGUGAAAUUCCAAUGGUUAAAUACUCCUCAAAGAAGGAAAUAUAGGGGAACUGCUUUUCUUGAUUUGUACCAAUUUUUGAUAGUGGAUAAUUUGCAUUCAAACAA